AUGCCACUCACCACUUCAUCCGUCUACCAAAACCCGGACCUCUUCAAGUUCCCCUCCCGAAGAAGCGUCGUCCACAGCACCGAGGGCAUCGUCGCCUGUACGCAACCACUCGCGGCGAAAUGUGGUCUUGAUGUGCUUCGAGCAGGCGGUAAUGCGGUUGAUGCCGCAGUGGCAGUUGCCGCUGGUCUCAACAUGACAGAGCCAUGCUCAACAGGCAUUGGUGGCGACAUGUUCAUCCUCUUCUGGGAUGCGUCCUCCAAGCAGGUCAAGGCAAUGAACGGCUCUGGCCGUGCAGGCGCCAAGUCGACGCUCGAUGCCGUCCGCAAAGGUCUCAACCUCCCUGACAGCAAGCGAGGUGCCGAAAUCCCCAAGACUAGUGCCCAUGCAGUCACUGUUCCCGGUGCCGCAGCUGGAUGGAUCGAUGCCGUUGAGAGGUUUGGCAGCGGCAAAGUCGAUAUGAAGCGUAUCCUGGCCUCGGCCAUCGAACUUGGCGAGAAGGGGUUCCCAGUGUCUGAAGUAGCCGCCCAUUCUUGGUCUGUUUCCGAGGCUCGCAUCAAAGAGGCAUCGCCCAACUUUGCUGAAAUGCUCAAAAAUGACCCCAACGCAGAAGGUGGCGUUCGAGCUCCUCGCGCCGGCGAGAUCAUGAAGAAUCCAACUUUGGCCAAGACGUUCCGCACUCUCGCCGAGGAAGGAAAGAAAGGUUUCUACGAAGGUAGAAUUGCCCAAGAACUAGUCAAAGUUGUGCAAAGCCUAGGUGGCUUGUUGGAACUUGAGGACUUGAAGCAUCAUCUAGAAGUGGGCAGUGAACCAGUCGAGCCCAUUUCUCUCAAGUUCCAAGGUCAAGGUGCUGGCUCCGAGGAUGGCGUGGAGCUCUGGGAACAUCCUCCCAAUGGCCAAGGGAUUGUCGCCUUGAUGGCCCUCGGCAUAAUUCAAGAAUUGGAGAAACAGGGCAAGAUCCCUACGUUUAGGCCAGAAGACUUCAACUCAGCCCCUUACCUGCACGCCAUUAUAGAAGCGCUGAGACUGGGCUUUGCGGAUGGCAGCUGGUUCGUCACGGAUCCAAACGUCACCAAGGUACCUGUUCAAGGGUUGAUCUCGCAAGAGUAUCUUGCCCAGCGAGCUAAACUCUUUGAUCCCACAAAGGCAGUCCAGGUGCAUGAUCACGGCGAUCCCCCAUUCGUUUCGCCCGCCUUGUCCAGCAGUGACACUGUAUAUUUCACCGUCACUGACUCUCAAGGCAACGCUGCUUCCUUCAUCAAUUCCAACUACGCGGGUUUCGGAACCAGCAUCAUCCCCAAGGGCUGUGGAUUCACACUACAGAACCGAGGAGCCAACUUCUCACUGGAUGCAGACCAUCCAAACAAGAUUGAGCCCAGAAAGAGGCCAUACCAUACCAUCAUUCCCGGAAUGGUAACCAACCUACGAGACGGGUCGCUGCACUCCUCGUUCGGCGUUAUGGGAGGGUUCAUGCAGCCUCAGGGCCAUGUUCAGGUCCUUCUAGGUCAGCUCGUGGGCCAAUUGAACCCCCAACAGGCUCUUGAUGCUCCCAGAAUCUGCAUCGGUGGCGGUCUGCCCGAGAGUGGCGAGGGAAUCGACUGGACUGUAAAUGUGGAAGAGGGCAUGCCAGAGGAGACCAUCGAGGGGUUGAAAAAGCUAGGUCACCAAGUAAGUGUGGUUUCUGGUACCGGAAGAGGAUUGUUUGGUCGCGGCCAGGUUAUUCGUUAUGUAGUUGAUCCCGUGGAGGGGACGGGCAUUUGGUCCGCAGGAAGUGAUAUGCGAGCUGAUGGUGCCGCAUAUCCUCUGUAA